GUCGCUGAGCUGCAACAGAGAUCGUCCUCGUUAUCUAGCGUGGGUGACAGAGUGGAAUGUCGCUGAGUUGAAGAAAAAGCUUGAAGUGUGAAAGAUCAAUGAGAUGAAACAUGAAAGUCGUCGAAGGAUUAAACUGAGAAACCAAAAGCACCAGCAACGCAGAGGGAGCUGAACCAACUUCAUUUGAACCUAAAGGUCUUUCUUUCUUUAUAUAUAUACACCACCCAGAUAAGAGAAUCUUCUCCCACUAUCUCACACCCCUGACCCUUUACAUUCUCCCUCGACAUCUCCCUCUUUCUCUGCGUAUCUCGAGCUUUGACUUUGAUCCACCCAGCAAAGUAUCCAAAGCCUUUGAGUUUCUGAGAGGGACGCGGCAGAGAUUUCAUUUCCUGCAAUAUGGGGACGUAUAGGAUGUGCGUGUGCUUUACAAGGAAGUUUAAGAUCAAGGAGUCGGAGCCACCACCGGACGUGAAGGAAGCGUUCAAUAAGUACGCCGAGGGUGGGAACUACAUGACGGAGGAGCAGCUGCACCGAUUCUUGGUGGAGGUUCAGGGUGAGACCGGCGCGUCGAUCUCAGACGCGGUGCGGGUUGUGGAGCAGGUCUUGCAGAAACGGCACCAUAUUUCCAAGUACACCAGGAAACACACUCUCAGCCUUGAUGAUUUUCACCAUUACUUGUUCUCAAUGGAGCUUAAUCCGCCUAUUGGAGAUGAGGUUCACCAGGAUAUGACAGCUCCAGUGUCUAAUUAUUUCAUCUAUACUGGUCAUAAUUCAUAUCUGACUGGUAACCAACUCAAUAGUGACUGCAGUGUUCUUCCAAUUAUAAAGGCAUUGAAGAGAGGUGUACGAGUAGUAGAGCUUGAUCUUUGGCCGAAUAAUGAUGCAAACGGUGGUGUUCAUGUUUAUCAUGGAUGGACCCUGACAACUCCGGUGGAACUUAUUGAAUGCCUGAAAUCCAUUAGAGAGCAUGCAUUUUCUUCAUCACCAUACCCUGUCAUAAUAACUCUUGAGGACCAUCUUACAGUAGAUCUUCAGGCUAAAGUAGCCCAGUUGAUCACUCAAACAUUUGAAGAUAUGUUGUUUUAUCCUGAAUCUGAAUGUUUAAAAGAGCUCCCUUCACCAGACGAAUUGAAGUAUCGGUUUAUUAUCUCAACCAAACCUCCAAAGGAGUUUCUUCAAGCUAAGAUUAGCAAGGAAAAGAAGGAGAAGUCACUCAAGGGAAAGGAUUCUGAUGAACAAGAUGACGAUACGAGUGAUAGUGAUUCAAGUCAGCACAAUCAGGAUGAUGAGGAUCAUGAUGACUCUGAUCAUGAUUCACGUCCACCAGGUCCAUGUUCAUACAAGUGUCUAAUUGCUAUUCAUGCUGGAAAACCAAAGGGUGGUCUAAAGGAGGCGUUAAAAGUUGAACUCAACAAAGUUAGACGCCUUAGUUUGAGUGAACAAGCACUUGAAAAGGCUGUUUCAUCUAAUGGAAUGGAUGUUGUUAGAUUUACCCAGAGCAAUUUCCUGAGAGUGUACCCCAAGGGUACUCGGUUUAACUCCUCCAACUACAACCCAUUAAUUGGUUGGACGCAUGGGGCUCAAAUGGUAGCAUUUAAUAUGCAGGGAUGUGGCAAAUAUCUAUGGUUGAUGCAUGGGAUGUUUAGAUCCAAUGGGGGUUGUGGUUAUGUGAGAAAGCCUGAUCUUCUAAUGAAAGUAGGCCCCAACAAUGAAGUGUUUGAUCCUAAAGCAAAUUUGCAAGUGAAGAAGACUUUCAAGGUGAAAGUAUAUAUGGGAGAUGGAUGGCAUUUGGAUUUUAAACAGACACACUUCGAUCAGUUUUCACCCCCAGAUUUUUACACCAAGGUUGGCAUAGCAGGAGUCCCAGCUGAUACCCUAAUGAAGGAAACAAAGAAAAUAGAGGACGACUGGACUCCAGUUUGGGAUGAAGAGUUUACAUUUCCAUUGACUGUUCCUGAACUGGCCUUGCUUAGAGUUGUAGUGCAUGAGUAUGACAUGUCCGGAAAGGGUGAUUUCGGCGGCCAAACUUGUUUGCCAGUGUGGGAAUUAAGGCCAGGGAUCCGUGCAGUCCCCCUUUUUAACCGUAGAGGAGAGAAAUACAACUCAGUAAGGCUUCUUAUGCGGUUUGAGUUUGUGUAAGAAAAUGGUUUUCUGCUUCUGUAAAACUGUAUUGGUCGAGUUUUUCCAUCGAUCUAAUGUCUGCUAUUGCCACGUACAGAUAUAUUACAAUCCUAUUCUUUCUUCCUCUGA